GCAGGAGGAGGAGGGGGGCAGGAGGAGGAGCAGGAGGAGGGGGGGCGAGUCCAUUGUUUGCCGUCGUCUCGUUCGACAACCACGCGCUCGGGGGACAUCGCGAGAAGCGGAUGGGUUGAUGCUCUGUCGGUGAUGGUGUUGGUGGUUGUUGUGGAGAUACACGUGGUGGUGGUGUUGAAGGAGACUUGAUCCCUUCCCGGCCUCAAUAAUCGCCCCACGCUGCUCCGCCAUGCAAGACCAGAGGCUCAUUUCGCCAGGACCCUACAGAGCGACCAAGUUGUGGGGCGAGGUGACGCGUCUCUUCCGAGCGGGGAUGCCCGUGCGCCGCCACCGCCUGCACCUGCGAUCGCACGACCGAUGCUUCACGGCCGCCGAGGCGGCCGACUGGCUGCACGCGCUGCUGCGCGACAACCGGAACUUCGGCCCCACGGUGACGCGCGAGCAGACCCUGCAGCUGCUCGGGAAGUUCCUCAAGAACCACGUCGUGGAGGACGUGAAGGGACGCUGGGGCACGGAGGCGGUGCGCGACGACUCCAAGCUCUACAGGUUCCCGGUGGCCUCUCCCGCCAAGUCCAUGUCCGGCGGCUCCCGGCAGCCGCUCUCCGAGAGGAACUCGGGCUCCGUGGCCAGGAGGCGCCUCGGCCUCAAGGCCGACGCUCCGCCGUCGCUGUGGUCGGGGUCGACCUCACCGGCUCGUGCCAAGGCGACCUUUAACCCCGACGAGUGGCGCAACGUCGCGCUUGCGCUGUUGUGCGAGGCGCUGUCUCUGCCAUCACUCGCCGGACUCUUGGACCCCGCGAGCGUCGACCCCACGCACAUCAUGCGCAACGUGCAGGGCGCGGGGAGACGCGGCCUCGUCAUCCUGCAGGACGACACCGACGACUUGCCGCACUGGGUCCUCACUGCCAUGAAGUGCUUGGCCAACUGGCCGGGCAGCGAGGCGGGUCGCUCGGAAUCAUAUCCGGGCUUCGAGAGGGAUGUGUUCGGCUCCGUGUCGCAGCACUUCUGCUCGCUCGCCGAUCCGCUCCUCACUUUCCCGCUCUACCGCCUCUUCGUCGGUGUGCUCGUCCUCACGGGCUACGUCCUGGAGGAGGAGCCGCCGCCGCCGCCCGCGCACCGGGAGCGCCGGCCUACCGAGCCGCUGGCGCGGCGAGACCAGCGCUGGGCCCCGCCACCUCCGCCCCCCAUCCUCCGGCGGACCCCCACGCCGACCCUCGCCCCCGCUCACCUGCCCUGGGCCUCGGCCGAGAACCUCCUGCUGAGCUUCACGUCCGCGGGCAACGCGAGCGACGCCGUGCCGGCCGCGCCGUUCCGUCGCGCCGCCCCCGUGCGGGUCAAGCGGCACGACAGCGUCACGCGGGCGGCGCCGGCGGGCGACCCCCCACGUCUCGUGCGGCCCGCCCCCCGCCCCGCGCCGCUCCCCCUCCACCGCGGGCGCAGCCACCACGCGCUGGCCGUGCUGGAGGAGGAGGAGGUGGACGACGGCGACGGCGACGUGAGCCCCUGGGCGCCGGCUCAGCGCUGCUUCUCGCUCGACAGCCUGGCGGCCGCGGGGUCCGCCGAACUCCCAACCUGGGUACGUCCGGUCGGACGCGCCGAGAGUUUCCUCCUGAAGCGGCUGCAGCAGCAGCAGCCGAAGCAUCAGCAGCUGCAGCAGUAUCAUCAUUAUCAGCAGCAGCAGCAAUAUCAUCAUUAUCAGCAGCAGCAGCAAUAUCAUCAGCAGCAGCAGCAAUAUCAUCAGCAGCAGCAGCAACUUCAUCAUCAGCAGCAGCAUCAUCAGCAUCAGCAGUACCAACAGUACCCGCAGUACCACCGGCAGCAGCAUCAGCAGCACCAGCAGCAGCUCGGGGAGGCAGGGGAUCCGGAGCGGUUGGAUCAGGAUGUCCAGGAGUGGGGGACAACACAGCGCCCACGGUCCUGGCACACGUGCCUCCCCGAGUACACGGGCGACCCGCGGUGGGAUGGCGGCUUCGGCGGCGUCGCGGGGGGGGGCACGUCGCGGAGCCCGCCCCCCGAGCGGCGCUCCUCCGCGGAGCCGCGCCCGCGAGUGGCGUCGCUGUCGGCGUGCGAGCGGCGCAUGCAGGCCGGGCGGCGCCGCGCCGCCAGCUGCGCCGACGUUCACGGCGCGGCGCGGGCUGACGCCGGUUGGGGACGGCGCGGCGGAUUGGCGCUCGGCGCCAGCGCCGGCGACCUCGGAGCGACGCCGAGCCCCACGCCGAGCCCCACGCCGUCGUACCUCGGAGUCCAGUCGGCAGCGAGCGGCCCCACCCUGGUGCCGAGCCCGGAGGGCGCGGGCCGCGAGGCCGCGUGCGUGGCGGCGCUGCGCGUGUGCUGCUUGUUGCUGCCGCCCCCGAGCCGGCGCCGCCUGCAGCUGGUGACGCGCAUGGCGGCACGAGCCAUCGCCAACGGCCGGCUCCCUCCGCUGCACACGACGCGGGGCACACGGGCGCACAUCGUGGAGUCGCUGGCGCCGUGCGUGCUGCGAGCGCGCGACGGGGAGGGCGCGGAGGGCGACGCCCUCGUGUCGGCCCGGCUGCUGACGCUGCUGGUGGAGAACCACGGCGAGGUGCUGUUCAGCAGCAUCCCCGAGCCGCUCGCCCGGCUGGCUCGCGGCGAGAGCAGCGCCGAGCGCACGCCCCCACGCAUGCAGGAGCUCCUCGAAGACCACUCCCCCUCACCGAUCCGGCUGAGGAGCCACACCUCCUCACCGAUCCGACCAAUCACGGGCUUGAGCGAGCAUCCGCGGCGGAGCGCGAGCGACGGAUCCGUGUCUCCGCGUGACAGACGGAAGCGAUCGCAGGAGUACCCUGCCUCCCCUCGGCUACAGCAGCUGGACGCGCAGAGACCCCGCGACGCCGCCAAGGGCCCUGCUCGCACUAGGCCGAACAUCAAACCGCCGCUACUGCUGCUCGCCAUGACCAAGCCAUUCAAGCGCAAAAGCUCCCUCCGUUGCUGAGUGCCGCCGGGAACCUGGCAGCUGUGACUCGGGACUUGGGACCAAUCAAAGGACAUGGGAUUUUUAUUUUUUUAUUGAGACAAAGGACUCGGGACUAAAGACCUGUGAUGUAGGACCCGUGAUCUUGGACCCGGGAAUGGAGACUUGUGGAUUUCAGCACAUCGGGCCUGAAGCUUUGGACCAAAGAUCUGAAACUUGGGACCAGGGCUUAAUCUCGGCGCAGUCUGUCUGGGUCGGUGACCCGGGAAAUAUAUCCACACCCAGCACACCACAUUCAUAAUACUUUUGGUUGUGGAUACUAGUCAUGUGCUCUCGUCUGAAAGUGAAUAUUCGGUGAGAAAUUAAGAUUUGUAUAGGAUUCUGGACUUGGAACUGGGUUUUGAUACUUGAUAACCUGUGUUCUAGGACAAAAGACGUCGGUUUCAGGACUUAUAACCUGGAGCAUGUGACUCAGAACCUGAGACUAAUUAUGUGGUACAUGAGAAUUGGAAUUGAAGAUCUGGGAUUUUGGACUUAUGACCUUGGAUUUGAAACUCAGGACCUGAGAUUUGGGUUGCAGAACCAAGGACCUGGCAUCUGUAAUUGAGUUGUGAAGCACCUGUGACUCUGAAACUUGGGAUUUAGCCAGAUAUAAGCCCUUCCCUUGGGAGCAAGAACAGCUGUGCUGAUCUGACAUUGCCCUUGCCUUCCCUCCACUUGUCAAAUAUUAGGAUAUGUUACUUAUAUUAGAAAUGUGUUUAUAUCUAAAUUCGGCUACUUGAGACAUGGGACCUGCAGCUUGGUUUUUGGAACCUGUACCUGUCUCACCUGGUACCUGUCUCACCUGGUACCCAGCCCCAUCCUUCCCCCCCCUUCUCGUGUCUGAGUCGUGGGUGAGCGGGUCCCACAGACCAAGACACUCAGACGAUUGUUUACGCAGGGGGGGAGGUGGGCCUCUUCGAUUCUCAAACCCUCUCUAUCAGUCCUGGCUGUCGUUGCAGUGUUCCAGCGUCGUUUUCGGCGUUAAAAAGCGUUGAUCCCUCGAGUGCCGUCCGUUCAUCUUCAGCGCUGCGCUUGACAAAGACGCGCGCCCCCUCUGGCCAUGUGGACUGUUGGGGGCAAGGGGUGCUGUUGGCGAGCACUCAACCAGACGCACACACACACGCACACAAACAUGCACGCACGCACGCACACGCACACAGACAGCAACCACCAUUCGCCACUA